GACGCAGACAGAUGGGAGAUGGGGCCACACACGGGAGCCUCCCUUGAAGGAAGGACACAGCUGCUGGAUCAAGUGUCUGGGGAUGUGGGGAUGAGGUCGAGAUUCGAAGCAUUGACCAAACAGUGCUCUGAUGGCAGCGAUCAGGCAUGUUUGGAGAUAGCGCAGAACAAGCAAUAUCUGAACCAGUUGUCCACCACUGUUCACCACAAGAGGCCCGCCAGAGCUUCACGAGCGUCUCCAUCAAGCAAUCAAAUGAACUUGCAGGCAGUGUCGAAACAGUUGGAGCCUUUGAAGAAGCUGAGUGCGUACUCCAAGACGUACCAGGACAUGGCGGAUGUGAAGGGACUGUGGGACUCGUCGAAAUGGCAAUCCGGGGCAUUGGGAGACGUGGUUUCAAGUCAAUGGUUGGAGGCGUGUUCGGAGGGGAAUCAGGCAGCGUGCAACCACAUUGCCAGGAGUAACGGUGCGCUAAACCAGCUCUUGCAAUCUAGCAUUCAACCAGGGCCCCCUAUCGAGGCGUACAUGCCCUCCGACGCUCCCAAGCCUGUCUUUGUGAAGCCGAAACCUCCUCAGCCUGGAUUGUUCACGAGCUUCAUGCAAGCUCUUGGGUUGAGUGACGAGUUUGAUAACAGUGGCGUCACGGCAGAAAAAAUUCCAAAGAUGCUUCCAGACAACGGGUUCAGCAGGGCUCCAAAGUACAAGGCUGUAUGGAACGACGGGACUAUUGCGCCAAGUUUGUCCGACAAUGCUGGAAACAAGGACUUGUUCCCAGCUUUCCAUGAAUCGCUGUUCUCCGACAGUGUGAAGCCAAGCGCGCCAAGCACUGAGUAUCACUAGAGCGAAGGCAUUCCACUAACUCUGCUGUGCUGGAGGACAUACUGUGUUGUUAUUGUUGUCAAUUCUCUCUCUCUCUCUCUCUCUCGUCCAUCCACUUUUCCUUUUUGACUCUGUUUACUAAAGAAUUCCAAUCUUG